CUGUUCCCACACCUCAUAUCUAGUACUUCACUUGCUUCUUUUAGACUAGGGAUGGAGAGCAAGUUCCUUAUAAGAGAGUAUGAUGUAAAUAGAGAUGUUAAAGUGGUGGGGAAGCUUGAAAGGGACUGUGAGAUCGGGAGUACUCAACAAGGGAUCUCCAUUUUCACCAACAUGAUGGGAGACCCUUUAUCUAGGAUUAAGUUCUACCCCCUUCAUGUUAUGUUGGUGGCUGAGCUGCUUGAAAAUGGAGAGCUUGUUGGAGUAGUUGGAGGAUGCAUCAAGAGUGUGCAGACUACUCCAGCUUCUGGAUCACUCUUGAAGAUGGGUUGCAUACUAGGCCUCAGAGUCUCUCCUACACAGAGGAGAAAAGGGGUUGCACUAAAACUUGUGAACUCAGUUGAAGAAUGGAUGCUGAGAAAUGGGGCUGAGCACGCAUUCCUAGCCACUGAAAAGAACAAUGAAGCCUCAAAAAACCUAUUUACCAACAAAUGCAACUAUCAUCACCUCAGCUCACUUGUCAUAUUUGUCCAUCCCAUUAGUUUCCCUCCAAAGCAUCACAUUUCCAAUAAUGAUAUCAAAAUAGAGAAGUUAAACAUAGACCAGGCAAUUUCCUUGUACAGAAGAAUCAUGAGGGCCAAAGAGUUGUAUCCACUAGACAUGGAAGUUAUUUUGAAGGAGAAGCUCACCCUUGGAACUUGGGUGAGUUAUUACAAAAAUGAAGGCUGGCUCAACUUGGAAAGAAAGUUAGAAAGUGAAGAACGCAUUGGCAAUGAAAUUACCAACAGCUCAUGGAUUGUGUUUAGCAUAUGGAACACUUGUGAAGCUUAUAAGCUUCAACUCAAGUCUCAGCCACUUAGGUUUCUUUUAAAUCAUGCAAAGGACAAGAUUUUCCCUUGUUUGAGAAUGUUGGUGAGUGACUCACUUUGUGGGCCUUUUGGGUUUCUCUUCCUCUAUGGACUCCAUGGAGAGGGAGAGAACCUUGGGGAGCUUAUGGAAUCUAUAUGGAGGUUCACAUCAAAAAUGGGAGAAAAUUUGAAGGAUUGUAGAGUGGUUAUCACUGAGUUAGGGUUAGGGGAUCCACUUGUAAACCAUAUCCCUCAAACAGCUUCUAUGUCGUGUAUCGAUGAUGUGUGGUACACAAAAAGGCUUUCACUUUCAAGCCACAGUGAUGAAUCGCUGAUGAUGAAGAGACAACUCGGUAAUGUGUUUGUUGACCCAAGAGAAUUUUAGGUAUUUAAUAACACCCACGGCUAGCUUGCAUGUCUUGAUCAGUUAGUUAUUUUUCUUCAGAAUCAAUUUUGUUCUUCCCGGAAUUGUCUAAGCUUAAGAAUCCA